AUGGUAAACUUUUAUGGUUCUUUGAUUCUCGGUCGUAGUUUUAUCAGUGUUCCUGAUGGUUAUUUAAACUUUCCUUUUACAAUUUCUCGUAUUGUUUUUCAUUCAAUUUCGUUACCAUUGUUUUCUUUUGCAGUUUCAUCAUCUGCAUCCUCGACUUUCAGAUCCUACUCAUACAACUUAUUAUUCACACGUAUAAACUAUGUCAAUACUGUGUUUAUGCCCAUUAUCAUAUCACGCAUUCUGUAAUCAUAAUGAAGAAUCGUACUUUAUCAAGAUAGUAUGGAUUUUUCGACAACUUAUAAAACAUAUUGAUGCACAACUCAUUAAAAAAUGUAGUCCAUUUUGAUCAGUCUAUGCCUUUAGAUACGUCAUAAUCUAUAUUGUGAUUUUGAACCUGUAUUUUGUUUAAUUUGAAUAUUGGGAUAUUUGAAAGUAACCUGAUGAAUUUUGGUUAUCAUUUUGUGACAUAUAUUAAACGUUGAUCAUUGA